AUGUUUGCUUCCCGUUUCUCUAUGCUUUCGAAGAGCAUGCGUGUCGGCCGCAGCGGUGGACCAGCAGUGGGUUUUGCCCUGCGUGCUCAGCAGCUGCGGUUGCUGUCGGACGAGACGAAAAAGGCGAUCGACGAGGCGGUACACUCGGCGCCUGUGGUGCUCUUCAUGAAGGGCACGCCGGAGGCGCCUGCGUGCGGGUUCUCGAGGGCAACGAUCCAGCUGUUGGGCCAGCAAGGCGUGGACCCGGCGAAGUUUGCGGCGUACAACGUGUUGGAGGACCCGGAGUUGAGACAGGGCAUCAAGGAGUACUCGGAGUGGCCGACGAUUCCGCAGCUCUACGUGAACGACGAGUUUGUCGGGGGCUGCGACAUCAUCACGAACAUGAGCCAGACGGGCGAGCUGGCCGAGCUGUUGGACGCGGCGCACGCCUUGAUUCCGCUUGAGCACGACAAGUAG